AUGUAAAAAAGGGUAUAAAUAGAGAGUAGAAAAGUAUAAACUGUUUAUGCCCCUCUAGCUACAUCUUCAUUAACCAUACAUUCUAGAGCUACUUCUUAAUCACAAUCAUAAAAUAACACUAUCAAAGUCAUUUAAAAGCAACCUAAAAUACGCAACCGAUCAUUAAUAACAAGACAGAUAAAACAAAAAUAAAUAUUCUCAUAAACCGAUAGUUGUACUAAUAAAGUAUUGACCGAGAGAAAUUUAGAAAUCGAUUGUUCCUUGAUGGAACCAUCAACUACAACUAGUAUAUAACAAUAUCACCUUGUUUGGCAGUCUCCUUAUAGACCCCACAUAUAUACCAUCUAUUUUCCAUACCCAUGUACAAUUAUAUGA